CUUUAUUCAGCUCGCUGUGUUUCCCGGGGACCGGUUUUCUGUCGGACUCGUUCACCCGCUGCUUCUUUCGUGCCACAAACACCCAUGCGCCAUGCCGACUGACAACAAACGUGUGCAGGGCCCAGAAGUGUCCCAAUGCCCGUCUCUGUUUUCUAGCAAACCAGCGGCCUCUCUCCCCUCGAAAGGCCCGAGAGCGGACGGUCGGCAGCGGGACCAAGUGGACGUCCGGCCGGUCUUUGUCCGCUGCGGGCUGGUGAGUCAGGCCAAAGGCUCCGCGUACAUCGAGGCUGGAAGCACCAAGCUGAUGUGCUGCGUUUACGGCCCCAGAGAAAUCGAGCGGAAAGAUGAGACCGACAUGACAUGUGGACGGUUGGUUACUGACAUGCGUUUCGCUCCGUUCUCCUGUCUGGAGAGGGGAGCCUGGAUUCAGGGGAGCCAGGAAAAGGACCUCUCCCUGAUGCUGCAGGAGAGCCUGCAGCCCGCCGUGCGGCUCAACAAAUAUCCCCGCUCUCAGAUCGAGGUCAACGUGAUGGUCCUCGAGAGCAGCGGCUCCGUCCUGGCCCACGCGGUCACGUGCGCCUCGCUCGCUCUGGCAGAUGCCGGGAUCGAAAUGUACGACCUGGUCCUCGGUUGUUCCGUGCGGCAGGAUGGCGCCUCGUACGUGGUCGACCCUUCUCGCGCCGAGGAAAGCAGGCGCAGCUCGGUCGGCAGAGAGAACGAGGGCGGCCUGACCAUAGCGUUCCUGCCGAGCCUGAACCAGAUUUCUGGGCUGGAGUCGGAUGGAGAAAUGACGGAAGAGACCCUGACAGCCGCGGUGCGGACCUGCAUUGAGGGAUGCUAUAAACUGUACCCGGUCGUCCAGCAAGCCCUGUGCAAGGCCGUUCGGCGGGCUGCGCCCCCCCCGUCAGAGAGCUGACGGGGGGGCGAAAUCAGUUCGUCGCUUUUCUACUUCAUAAUUUCCCGCCGUUACAUUGACAAAAUAACCAACAUGUUGGUAUGUUUGAUGUUAUGUUCUUGACGUGGAAAUGAUGAAGAUGGUAUUUUCUAUUAAAUAUAUUACGGCACUUA